AUGCUGCUGCUGCUCACCCUAGCGGGGACGAGCCUAGUCUACCCCAAGCCAAUGCCCAAGACGCAGCUGACCCUCGCGUUUGGUGCGCCGACUCUGCAGCUCUCCUCGGCGCCGCCACCGACGUCCGCCCUUCAGUCCGCGCUCGCACGGCCACCCUCCAACGCUGCUGGCCAGACCCAGGCGGUCGUCGCGCCUCCGGCGGCGGCGGCGGGGUCAUCAGGCGUGACAAAGAUCGUCGUCGACCAGAAGCGGCCGGUGAUGGCCAAGUUGAAGGUCGGCCCCAACGCCGACUCGGACGACGAGGGCGCAGAUCGACCGCCGGGCCGCGUAGCCGUCGUUAAGGAGCGGUUUUUGGAGCCGUACGAAGAGGUCCCAGACGGGCGAAGAUGCGGUUUUUCGACGACCACACGCGAUUUGGUAUCUGGUUUUUGCUAA